AUGGGAACAACCAUUUCAUCAGCUCAAGCAAGGUUACUCACAUUUCCGGCAAGGACUCACUGGGAAAUACCACGGAUAUUCUCCAUAAAUGGUCCUCUUUUGUCUGUUCUGAACCGGUCCAAUUCUGUUACUACAAAAGAUAACUGUGAUCAUAGUCUCAAAACCUAUGCAAUGAAUAAUACAACAGCUACCACAUCCAAGACUCUUUAUCAUGACAACUGGUUUGAAAGUCUUGCCAUUGCUUACAUAACUAAACUUAUUCAAGAAUCCGCUGGAAUAAAAAAUGACAUACCCGGGUACAAGGGGCUUGUGAUGGUCUCCAAAGAGGUGUUUCGGGAGUUUAACACAAUUCAACAACGAGAACUUCUUGUUAAGGCACUUGAGAAAGCUAUUCCUAGUUCUUCACUCAACAUGGCAAAACUGACACCACAAUCGAAGUUUACAAGGGAGCUGUUUGCCUUCAUAACCACCAUUGCCUUUCCUUGGCUUGUCGGCCCUAGUGAGGUAAGAGAGUCAGAGUUUCAAGGGAGAAAGGAGAAAAAUGUAGUUCAUAUAAAGAAAUGCAGGUUUCUCGAGGAGGCUAACUGUGUAGGUAUGUGUACAAACAUGUGCAAGAUGUCGACACAAGAGUUCUUUAUGAAAAAUUUCAGGACCCCAGUCAAUAUGGUUCCUAAUUUUGAUGAUAUGAGCUGUGAGAUUAUAUUUGGGCAAGAUCCUCCUGCACAAGAAGAUGAUCCGGCCUUUAAGCAACCAUGCUACAAAUUAUGUAAUGUAAAACAAAAGCACAGUGCAAGCUGCAUUAGCUAGACCCUCAAGGAGAAAGGCAGUGUUCGCCAGUUGGUUAAAAAAGUCCAACUUUAGGAGUUUCACUAGACUGACAAUAGGCCAAAUAAUUAUAAGUAACUCGAGAUAUGAUGUGUGACUAUGUAUGAAGAAAACUUACUUUCAAAAUGUGUAACACAUACCAUGUCAAA